AUGGGCGCUGCGGGCGUGGCCGGCGGGGGCGCACCCGACUGGGCGCCGGCGGCCACAGCAGGGCGCCGGAGCAAGAGGAGGGGGGGUGCCAGUGGCCAGGGGCGGCCGGAGUCGGCCCGGCGAAGGCCAGCGGGCGCGGGACGCGGCCGGUGCGGCGCAUCCGCGGCGGCGCGGGCGGCACGGGAAGCGGCGGUCGGUGGCGGCCAACGGCGGGCGGGCCCGGCGCAGGGAGCUCGCACGGGAGCGGCCUGGGGGCGAGGGUGGCCACAGGCAGGCGCGGGAGUGCGCGCGCGUGCGGGCGGGAGAGACGGGGCGGGGGCGCGGGUGAGGACGGCGUCCGAGGCCACCGCGGGCGGGCGGCCGUGGGCGCACGCCGGGAGGGUGGGGCUGCGGGAGCGCGAGCUCGCGCGCAGCCACGGGCGCGAGGCAACGGCGCGGGCCGCGCGGCGGGGCGAGGGAAGGAGAGGAGGGGCGUGA